UCUUUAUUCCGAUCCUACCGCUGUAGGACUUUGUUGUGUUGAUCUUGUCCAGUCUAAGUUGAUCGUUCUACCGAGCUAGUCAUCGCCUUCAUCAUGAGGUGGUUCAACAGACGAGGUAGCCUUUUAAGCCAAACUGUUCUUUUGAUAGUAUUGGCUUGUACUAGUGUAGCGGCACAAGCAGUGACCGAUUGUGUGCGGCUAGUUCCCGAAUCAGCUAGAAACACAGUCUGUGAUGUGCGACAGUAUCGCCAAACGAGAGGAGUCGAUGCAGAUCGAUACGUACAGUGCGCUCUGGCUGCAUUAGGAUUUGUCGAUGAAAGUGGAUCAGUUCAGAGAAGCACCGUGCUUAGUGCGCUAGAUGCAGUGGAAACCCAUGAUGGAGUUUACACCGACAGUGUGGACGCUUGCCUGUCGAAAGCGAAGAAACUCACCGGAGCAGAACGUUCGGCAGUCUUCUUCAGCUGCAUGCUCCAGACAGAAUCGUCACAAAACUUCAAGGAUGCGGUUGAUCUCCAGGAGCUAAGACUGGCGGCGAAGUGGCCCGAGAGUGAUCGAUUUGAGCGGUCCAAAGUGCAGCAGUUGAUGAGGGAAGUGAACAAGCAGUUAAGGUGCUAAUAAAAUGUAUUCUUAUCAUUGUGCGCUUGUGAA